AUGCGGCAGAGCCAUGUAAUUCAAAUUAAGGGCCAAUGCAGUGCCAGUGUCUAUGCAAAUGCAAGUCCAGAAGCAAAACUGAAGAUGCACAAAAAGUAUGAUGAAGUAGCUAGAAUUUUAAAGUAUGCAGAUAAGGAACUAGCAGUUAAUGAAAAGUAUGUAUGUUCCGCUUGCAUUGACUUACAAAAAGUACUAGUAACACCCCACUCUCAAGUUAGUCCGUUCUAUUACAAGAGCAAACUGGCCACGUGCAAUCUUAUGGUUUAUGACAGGCUACUGCUACAUUUAGAUGAGGAAAUCGCGAAGAGGUGA